AUGAAGUCAUCAGAGGUACAAGAGGAUUCCAUACGCGCGGCGAUUGUGAUGGAAUGUGUGAAAAACAAAUCGUCAGAUGUCGCCUACCAAAGUUCUGUAUUGUAUCAACGAUUAACAUCCCCUGAAACACGUAAUUUAGUAUAUCAAUGUUGUUUAGAACUCGUAGAGGACCCACAGCGUCGCCGUGAUGUUGGACAACUCCUUCUUAACUUUAUUUCUAGUUUUCCUCCAUCACAGACUACACUUCAAGCUAUUGCUGAGAAAUGUACCCCAUACAGUGCGUGUCGUUCUUCCUAUACAAGUAUUUACCAAGAGCUUAAAACAGUUGUGGAAACAUAUCUUCAUCAUAAACCACUUAGCUACAUGCUUGGUCGAACACUUCCUCCAGGAAAAGAAGCACUUAUUUUUCGUCAGAAUGAAUUAAAUAGUAAUCCAGAUUACAUUCAGAAGUGUCAUUUACAACCUCCUAUAGCACAACAUACAGAAAAAGGUAAACGAAUUAUGCCUCUUUCUAGUUGGUCUGAUGAAGAAUUUGCAACUACGGCUAGAGAAAAAAAUAAGGCACGUAGUUGUCUAUGGAGUGCAAAAUAUCAUGUUGUAGGAUGCAAAGAUUAUGUUAAUCAAUUACCUUUAGAAUGUACAGAAUUUGUUAUUGAUCAACAAGUUCGUGUAUUAAAUUCAUUUUGGGAAAAAUAUACUUCAAAUCCUGCCGUACUUCGUGCAACAUCCUUUCUUAUUAAAUUAAUGUGUGACGCAUAUGUUUCUAAAAUUCCACUUCAAUCAAAUUACUCAUUUUUUCGAUCCGUAAGUAUUUGUUAUCUUCCAACGUUAUUUGAAAUGAUGGGUAGUACGUAUGCGUGUGUUCGUAAUCAUGUGUAUGAUAUUUUACUAACUUUGGGUAUGCAUUUUCAACUUGUAGAUACACAAGGGAUAUUUCCAGGAUGUACGGAAGCACUUGAAGAGGAAUUAAUAUGGCUUCUUUUAACCGUUUUGAGAAAACAAUCUCUUCAUGAAGGUAGUGAUGAAAUGGUAUGGACAGCAGCUGCAAAGUGUGUAGUUGCUAUUAUUCCUCCUGAUAAACUUCACCUUAUAGAUGCAAGAGCUCUUUAUCAUUUUAUGAUACUUCCUAAUAUAAUGGCAUUUCAUCCUCAGUUGUAUGCUGCCUUUGCAGAGGCGUUUGCUAAAAGAGUAUUAAAAUGGGAUCCUUCUAGUGAUGAUACAGAAGCUACUAUAAGUUUAGAUGAAGAAGAAUUUGGAAAAUUGGGAAAUCCACCUAUAGCAAAAUUAUUAUUUUUAUACCGUCAAGCAAUGACAUUAAGUGCACGUCAAGCAUUUUUUCAAGUUCUUUUUACUCAUGCUGUUUCUAUGGUUCCAACUCGAGUUAAUCCAUCAAGAUUUCAUCCUACAAGUUUAAAAAGAUGUUAUACGGAACUUAUUAAAGUUGGAUUUCAUUGGCACCUUUAUUCAUUAUUAUUUUAUUUAUCACAUCAAGUAUUUCGAGAACUUCCAGGAUAUAUUACAUAUGAUAUGGAUUUAAAAGAAAUGAGAGAAUAUAAACCAGAAGCAGUUGCUAUCGUUCAAUGUAUACUUCAAAAUGUUGAAGAAGAUGCUCGCCUUCCAGAUGUUAUUAUGAAUGCUUUUAGAAAUACUGUAGGAACCCGCUUAGAAGAACGAGAAGCCCUCGCUAAUGUAGUCUCAGAUUGUUUAUCUAUGAUUCCAGUUAUGCUAAAAGCAGAUACCGAUGGCGUUUUAUAUAAUAUUGGAUGGCGAAUGACAUUUUAUUGUAUGCGAUUAAGUCGUGAAAACUUAUCAACAGAUAGAAGUGCUGCUAUUCUUGAAAAAUUAGCGACUAAUUUAGUUUCUUUUACUGGUUCAAAAGAUCGUUUGGAGUUAGCAAAAAUCAGAGGAGUAUGUCCUGAUGUACUAGCCGCUUUAAUGUUUCUUGGACGAAAACAUCCUAAUCAAGCUGUAGAACCAUUUACUACUUUAAUUGAACGAUUCUUACUUGAUGUAGAAGUAGUAGACACUCAAAGUGUGAUGCGCCUUUAUUAUCGACUUAUUGGUUCCAUCACUAUUCAAAAUGGACCGUUAAGAGGAUCUCCUUAUGCUGAUAUUUCACAAAUGUUUUGCAGUGAACAGUUAGUAACGGCCCAAUCUAUUGUAGAUGGUCUUGGUGUUCGUGUCCUAUGGGCUUUAUAUAGAUCAUUGUGUUCUGUGCAAAUGUUUUCUGUUUGUCGAGCUCGACAUGUACUGGUGUCUCUCUUAGAUGAGAUGGAUCCUGUCGGUGGAAGCAGUCAAACCCAUUCAUGGAGAACCGUUAUGGCAGAUCCAUAUCCGCCUGUUGCACUUAUCGGGGCACAGAAAAUACUGCAAAUGUAUGGUCGAACUUCAUAUGAUCGUUUUGAUGAGGCGAUGAGUAUUCCACAAAAGAGUGAGAAGGGAGACUCUUUGUAUGCCCUUGCUGUUAAGGUGGCUCAUCUGAUAGAAUCACGAAAGGACUGA